UUCUGGUACUUUGAAUUGCAAGGGAUAAGUACGGUCGCUAUUGUCACGAUCUUGUCUUGAGACAUGAUAAUAAUAAUCGCGUGUUGCUGUGUAUUGAUAACUGGGAAAAUUUGAGAAAGGAUAGGCUGUGGUCAACCGCCUCAGGAAUGUUCCGAAGUACAACCAUGUCAAAGAUAGUUCAACAGUUGGAAUUACUGUUGAAGCAUUCAAAAUUUACGGUCAAACGAUACGACCAUCCGCACACAAAACAAAACCCCUUGAAAACCCAGGUAAAUCACUAUAGCCCACUAAGAGCUGGGAUGAAAUCAGUGAGCCGUAUCAAUGUUCUAAAACUUUAGAAAGGUAUGACAUUCAUAAAGAGAAUUUGUACUUUGUACAAAGGUAUCAGAAAAAAACAGACACUCAUCACUCACGCAAAUCUGCAAAUGUGAGAUGAUCUUU